AUGGAAGCAUCAAAGUUGAUAGACACUCCCAUUACUACGGCCACUCAAUUGGACAUGGAUGAAUCUAGAUCUUCUGUGAAUCAAACCAUGUAUAGAGGCAUUAUCGGGUCUCUCCUCUAUCUCACUGACAGCAGACCUGAUAUUGUCUUUAGUGUGGGGCUAUGUGCAAGGCGACAGUUUAAUCUCAUUGGUUAUGCUGAUGCAGACUAUGCAGGUUAUCUUGUGGAUAGGAAAAGCACUUAUGGAAUGGCUUACUUUCUAGGUUCAUGUCUUAUCUAUUGGGGCACAAGGAAGCAAAAUUCAGUGGCUUUUUCAAUAACUGAAGCAGAAUAUGUAGCCGCAACAUCCUGUUGUGCUCAACGUUUAUGGAUUAAGUAG